AUGCAAUUGCCACCAUUCGGUCCACCCCUUCUAGAUGGAGAUAAUGCUCCGACGAAUGAAGAAAGUGAUCUCAUUAAGAGACACUGCUCAGAACUCCAGCAUCUGCUUCGUGAUCCACGAUUCAGAGAUAGUCCUUUGGUCAUGAAGUUACAGGAAAACCUUUCGGAAAGAGCGCUGUUUACAGACUACCCAAAUGCGGAAGCCGACGAGGACCAAGCUCUGUCUGCCACGAAUGCAUAUAAAAAGGAGCUUGAAGAUGACCAAUGGCGCUAUGAGCAUGUGCUAGACUCGUCGCGUAUACAUGUGAGCGGUCGACGUCAAAGCCAACUUGAAGGACAGCAAUCCAACCAAAGGCGACCUCGACAAGUUCCCGGGAUGCCGCAAGGGGAAAAGCUUCCUUCGAAUCACUUUCGAGAGACUUCCAUGAGUGAGAUCGAACAGCCUUCGCAAAAGCCCAGCAUGAACAAGUUCUAUCCUCGCGGCUCGAGGGCUGCUGGUCUGUCUGAGAUGCGCCUGCAGCCCCCCAUUGAAGUGAAGAUGACUAAAAUGGGACUCGAUACAAAGCCGUCCGAGUUGCGUCCUCUGAAAUCUGCAACGAGUCGAGAGAAUGGAAUUGAGAUUACAUCAGAGUGGGCAGCUCAAGAAACUCCUUCUCGAGUCGGUCGUUCUGAAGGGAUCCUUUUCGACCGGAUCAUUUCCGGAUCGGAUCCUUCCAUAACGAGUUCUCCCAAAGCAAACGCUCAUGCAAAGGCUCCCUCUAGAUCUAUUGAUCCAAAAGCAGUUGUAGCAGCGCAGCCUGAUAAUGGUCAUCCCAGAAUCAAAUAUGCGCCCCCCUUGGACGCUAGGAGUGCAACUCAAGUUGGAACUGCGUCUUCUCAACCUGCAAGGCAGCCUCAAACUAAACACCAAGGUCAACCAGCCAAACCGCAAUCUCAGGGUUGGGCGCACGCCAACCCACAAGCCUACGUAGAGACGAAGGAUCAAGAAAAGCAAACGGACGUUGACGAGGGGGUCGUCAACAGACAAAGAGGGUUCCAGGGGAAGAGACACGUUCAUGAGGGUGAAAAAGCCCGACGUGAAACCGGAAGCCUAGGGCAAGGAUCCGGAGCGGUCUGA